AUGUCGGGCAAGCCGGGUGUCUUCCGACGCCUGGCCGACAAGGCAGUCGUCGAGUCGGAACCGGGCUUAACCACCGCCCAGUUGAUGUUGACGAACCACGACCUCAAGCCCGUCGAGCCCGAGCGGCGCCAGUGGGGACCCUGGAACUUCGUUGGCUUCUGGAUCGCCGACUCGUUCAACAUCAACACCUGGAUGAUCUCGUCGUCCAUGAUCGUCGGCGGCCUGUCGUGGUGGCAGUCGUGGCUCUGCGUUUGGAUCGGCUAUGCCAUCUCCGGCUGCUUCAUCUGCUUGACCGGUCGCAUUGGUGCCACCUACCAUAUCGGGUUCCCCGUUGCGAGCCGCGCGUCGUUCGGUAUCUGGGGCAGCCUGUGGCCGGUCUUUAACCGCGCUGCAAUGGCAUGUGUUUGGUAUGGGGUGCAGUCUUAUAUCGGGGGCCACUGCGUGUAUCUGAUGAUCCGAUCCAUCUGGAAGAGCUGGGACCGUGAGACCAUUCCAAACACAUUCGCCGAGGGCUCCGGCACAACCACUGCAGACUAUGCCUCUUUCUUCAUCUUCUGGUUUUGCUCCCUCCCCGCCAUCUGGUUUCCGGUCCACCAGAUCCGCCAUCUCUUCACAGUCAAGGCGUACUUCGUCCCCUGCGCCGGCAUCGCCUUCCUCAUCUGGUCCGUCGUCCGCGCCGGCGGCAUCGGUCCCAUCAUGCGUCAGCCCGCAACGAAGGAGGGGAGCGAACUCGCGUGGGAGUUUGUCAAGGGUAUCAUGAGCUCCAUCGCCAACUUCGCCACCCUCAUCGUCAACGACCCGGACUUCUCCCGGUUCGCCGGCAAGCCGCGCGACGCGCUCUGGUCGCAGCUUUUCACCAUCCCCAUCGGCUUCGGCAUGACCUCCUUCAUCGGCAUCAUCGUAUCCUCAUCCUCGACCGUCAUCUACGGCGGCGAGCCCAUCUGGGACCCGCUCGACCUCCUCGAGCGCUUCAUCAACGACGGCGGCUCCGCGCAGCGUUUCGGCGUCUUCGUCAUCGCGGCCGCCUUCUCCCUCGCCCAGCUCGGCACCAACAUCGCGGCCAACUCGGUCUCGGCCGGCACCGACAUGACCGCCCUCCUGCCGCGCUGGCUCAACAUCCGCCGCGGCGGCUACAUCUGCGCCGCCGUCGGCCUAGCCAUGUGCCCCUACAACCUGCUCACCUCCAGUAACAUGUUCACCACCUACCUGUCCGCCUACAGCGUCUUCUUGUCGUCCAUCGCCGGCGUCAUGAUCGCCGACUACUACCUCGUCCGCCGCGGCUUUCUCGAGGUCAAGGAGCUGUAUGAUGCGCGCCGCUCCGGGCCGUACUACUUCACUGCCGGCUGGCAUUGGCGUGCCUACGCGGCGUACAUUGCGGGCAUUCUCAUUAAUGUGGUGGGGUUUGUGGGUGCCGUUGGGGCUACCACUGUCCCGAUCGGCGCGACGUACUUGUACAACCUCAACUUCUUCUGUGGGUUUGGCGUGUCAGCGGGUGUGUAUUGGGGCCUAUGCAGGGUGUUCCCGAUCCCGGCGACGAGCGAUAAGUGGAUGGAGGUCGGGGACGAGAUUGUGGAUCUGCGCCUGGCAUAUGAUGAUCGGAGUGGCAGCCAGGAUGACGAGGAGGUUGAUGCGGCGAGCACGGUUAAGGAUGUCGGAAAGACGGUUUAG